GUGAACUACUUUACCAUGUUUACCUUACCCUUCUCUCCGAAAUAUCACUUCCGGUUCUAUACUGGCCAAGAAAUCAAGAUGAUGAGGUUAAGGCCCCUGGCCCGGGCUGUUACAGCUCCCAACUUACUCAAACACUCAGUUCGAUGCACAACUUCUGUGGCCACCCAGCCGGAAAAGAUUGAAGUAUUCAUUAAUGACAAACCUGUUUAUGUUUACCCAGGGACUACAGUCCUACAGGCCUGUGCGGAGGGCGGUGUACAGAUCCCCCGAUACUGUUACCAUGAAAGAUUGUCCGUCGCCGGCAACUGCAGAAUGUGUCUUGUCGAAGUGGAGAAAUCGGCAAAGCCGGUGGCUUCGUGUGCCAUGCCUGUAAUGAAAGGAAUGAGAGUGAAGACAGACUCCGAACUGUCCAGGAAGGCAAGGGAGGGGGUUAUGGAGUUCCUGCUGGUGAAUCACCCCCUGGACUGUCCCAUCUGUGACCAGGGCGGGGAGUGUGAUCUACAGGAUCAGUCUAUGGUGUUUGGAAGUGACAGAAGUCGAUUCACUGAUAUUAACUUUGCCGGUAAAAGGGCUGUUGAGGACAAGAACAUUGGACCGUUGGUGAAGACAAUAAUGACCAGGUGCAUUCACUGCACUCGCUGCAUCAGGUUUGCGAGUGAAGUAGCCGGAGUGGACGAUUUAGGAACAACAGGAAGAGGAAGUGACAUGCAGGUCGGGACAUACGUAGAGAAACUCUUUAAAUCGGAGCUGUCCGGAAACGUGAUUGAUCUGUGUCCCGUCGGAGCUUUAACCUCCAAGCCGUACGCCUUCACAGCCCGACCCUGGGAGACAAGGAAGAUAGAGAGCGUGGAUGUUCUAGAUGCGGUCGGCAGUAACAUUGUGGUCAGUACAAGGUCAGGAGAGGUCAUGCGUAUCCUGCCACGGAUGAAUGAGGAAAUCAACGAGGAAUGGAUCUCGGACAAGACGCGCUUUGCCUAUGACGGCCUGAAGCGACAACGUCUGACCUUCCCCUUUGUCAAAGACGAAGCGGGAAAUCUCAAAAAGACGACCUGGGAGGAUGCCCUCAUCACGGCCUCAUCCAUGAUCAACAAUUUUGAGGGUAACCAGAUUGCAGGGUUAGCGGGGGGAUUGGUGGACGCAGAGUCACUGGUCUCCUUGAAGGACCUCCUUAAUAGACUGGGAAGUGAGGCCCUGUGUACCGAGGAAAUCUUCCCCAUGGAUGGAGCUGGGACAGACCUGAGAUCCAAUUACCUGUUGAACACGGGGCUAGCCGCCAUCGAAGAGGCUGACCUAGUUCUGUUCAUUGGCACCAAUCCAAGAUUUGAGGCCCCACUACUGAACACUAGGGUCAGAAAAAGCUGGAUUAAUAACGACCUUGAAGUGGCCCUUGUUGGGACAAAGGUCGACUUAACUUAUGAUUAUGAUCACCUUGGAGAUUCUACAGAGGUUCUGAAGCAGCUUGCUGAUGGUUCUCAUCCGUUCUGUAAGAAACUGAACAAGGCCCUGCGGCCCAUGGUGGUGGUGGGCAGUACCUCACUACAGAGGAAGGACAGUCAGGCCAUCCACAACGCAGUCUCCACCAUCGCACAGACCGCUCGCGUCCAGUCAGGGUGCGGGGAGGAGUGGAAGGUCCUCAAUGUUCUACACAGGGUUGCCAGUCAGGUGGCGGCCCUUGAUCUGGGAUACAAAGCGGGUGUAGACUACAUCAGAAAGAACCCUCCCCAAGUUCUGUUCAUGCUGGGGGCUGAUGAGGGGGUACUCACCCGGGAUGAUCUCCCCAAGGACUGCUUCAUCAUCUACCAAGGUCACCAUGGAGACAAGGGAGCAGCCAUGGCUGAUGUUGUUUUCCCGGGAGCCGCGUACACAGAGAAAGAGGGGACAUACGUAAACACGGAGGGGCGUGCCCAAGAGACCAAACUCGCAGUCUCACCCCCGGGGAUGGCCCGGGAUGACUGGAAGAUCAUCCGGGCUCUGUCUGAGAUUCUAGAGAAGCCGCUUCCAUAUGACACAAUACAGGAGAUCCGGAGCAGGCUGGAGGAUGUGGCCCCACAUCUGACCCGCUACGGAGAGGCAGAGGAGGCCAACUACUUCAAACAGGCCAACGAGUUGACUAAGACAAUUAAGGGACAGCUGGAGACCCAGCCUCUAUCCCCGCCCCUACAGAAACUGGAGGAUUUCUACAUGACCGACUCCAUCAGUCGCGCUUCACAGACCAUGGCUAAGUGUGUACAGGCCGUCAAAGAGGCCACGAAGAACCCCUAUAUGUAAAGUUAACCAAGUGCGACAGUCAGUGCGAGAUUCAAGUGGAGGGCAGGGCAGGAUAGUGGAAACAGACACUAAAAAGUAACAGAAGAGAAUCUGCUUUGUUGUUUUGUGUUAUAAAACAUUUGUAAAUAAAAAAAGGUAUAUAUAAUAUUUAAUAA